AUAGCGACUGUUAAAGCGCAUCUGAUACACGCUUUUUUGUCGAUGGCUGAACUUUCGCAUAGCGUCGUUUCACCAACAUCGUUCCGUGUAGAAUAUAAACGUAAUGGUAAUGGACCUGUCAUGUUUCAAAGGCAUGUCAAGUUUCAGGUGGAUAUAAGCGCAAUUUGUAAACAAGGAGAUAUCUCGGAUAUGCUGUUUGCACUGACAUUCACUUUGUUAUCAGGUAUACUAUAUUUUAAUCCAAAGUGCAAUAAAUCCGUACAAGAUAAUNAUUAUAACUAUAACCACGCCCACCUCUUUCGUAUUCCAUUAUGA